AUGAAUAUAUAAAAUUAAGGCUCCGUAGAGUUGUCUGGCAAUCAAGUUUCAAGGGCUGGUGAAGAUGAAGCAGUAAUAUAUUAGAAGAAACUCUCUAUUAUCAUCUUGAAUCAAAUCGAACGAAAAAGAACAAAGGCAAAAUCUACAAUCAUCCAAAGCUCAAAUCAUAAUCCCUUUGAGGAUAGCCGAGUGACGAGAGUCUAUUUUGAAAGAUACAGAGUUUUAGAAUAAGGGAGAUUUUGGAUUAUUUGUGCUACUCUGGUCCUAGUUGUGUUAGAGUAUGAAGCUUCUUUUUUGCAUCAAUUAACAGACACAUACGAUGAAGAAAUUAAAAUAUUGCUUUAUUUAAUAAUGAUCUUAUCUAUUGUUACAAGUAAUUUGGUAAUUUAAUUAGUUAUUAUGACAUUUAUUGCUUAUUUGGCAGAACUUGAAUUUAAAAAACGUUCUCUCUCAAUUCCAAAAGCCAGCUCCAUAUUUUAAACUAAUUUAAUUUUCCUUUUGAUUUUGGAAACUAUCAUCCUAUUGCCUUGUCCCACACCCUAUACUAUGCAUUACAAGGUGUUCUUUACGUAGAGAUAUUCUGACCAAACCAGAUUUUAUUUCGUAAAUGAAAUCUUUACUUUCAUAAUGCUCUUUAGAUCCUUAUUGAUUCUCAACAUGGCAUUUAAGUUCCAAGAUUUCUAUUCAAAUAGAGUCAAUAGAUUGUGUCGUAUAUAUUCAGUAGAUUUUGGUCCUCAUUUCAUAUUUAAGGUUGCUAUUAGAUAACAUCCUUACAAGACUCUUUGUGGACUCUUUUGUAUUGGAUUAUUCAUUUUCUCUUAUCAAUUAGAGAUUUCAGAGAGAUCAUUAUUAAGAACAGAACAAGAAGUUAAUAAUUAUCACUUAAAUCAUUCUUUUUGGAUUAACAUGAUAACAAUAUUUACAGUCGGUUAUGGCGAUAUGUACCCAUUAACAGAUCUUGGAAGGUUUUCAAUGACUUUAGGUUUAUUUUAUGGUGUAGCAUUAACUUCUUUGUUUACGGCUAUUCUUUAUGCUGACUUAUUACCUUUCUCUUCAGAAAUGCGCUCGAUAACACUAUUAGAUAAAGCCAAUUUAAAAAUUUCAAUAAAGUAAUUUGCUCAAAAGGCUAUGCUAAAUCUACUUAAACUGCAAAAAUACUUUUAAAGAAACAAAUAAAAAUAGAUUUAAAGCAAUCCAGCCGUUAGAUAAAGAGUCUCUCACAUAAAAGGUAUAUUAUAAAAAACCGAUAAUUUGAGAAGAAACUACAGAACUAUCGACACUGAAGAUCUAAUUACUAUGGCUGACAGAAGGUUUUAAGAAAUGACUCAUUUUUUCUAGGAGUACUAUGGCAUGCUUCAAGAGAUGUAAUAAUAACAAGAGUAAUUGGAUGAUUUGGAUACACAAAGACUUCUUUCUAUUGAGAGGAGUCACUCAGUGACCUCGGCAAGUGGAUAAUUAAGGAGCAAGGAUGACUAAUAUUUUGAAGAACUCAUUGAUUCUUAAUCAGAAAACCCAUAGUUAAUGCAGUUCAAUGAUGAAGAUUGA